AUGCAUCACACACCUCAUGUGGAUCUAGCUUUCAACAGCGUAGACCACAUCAUGAAAGAUGUUGAAAGAGCUUGGUUGCUCCAUUAUAUGCUUGCUAAUGGGACAGUAAGCGCCAGUCUUCUUCAUCUGGCCGCAUUGCUUCAAUAUGGACCAAAUAAUAUGUUGGGUGUACAUUCAGAGAUGGAUGAAAUUGCUUCUUACCCUUAUUUUUAUAACUCCAGUACGAUAAUGAAAAAGCCCCCUGGGUUCAGUUUCCCUUCUUAUCGGAAAUCCAGUGAAGUAGCUCUUGCAGCCCUUUCUUAUCAAAUUUAUGGGUCUGCCCCCCCUCGGCCAGACAUUCUUGAUGUGAGUAAGUAA